GCUCCUCACAGGGAGCUGGAACGCCACAGCAAAGGCCAAGCAUCCAGAAGAGGACAAAUCUAAGGUGACUUUUAUAUCCACAAAACAGGAAGAAACAGGUCCAGAGAUGUUAAGAACUUCACUCAAAAUUCCAGCUGAUAGGACUUUGAGAACUAUGCUAUGAACCAAAGUCCAAGUUUAUGCAGAGUUUUCUUUUAAAGGAAGCUGUACUAUAUUGCUGCCUGUGCCCUGGAGUACUUGCCACCUGACCCUACCUGUCCUUGGGCGUUGGAGGUGAGAUGGCACAGAGUCAAUGACACAGACUCCAUGAGCAGCUCAUUUCAAGACAAUCUACUGGGGCAUCUCACCAAGGCACUGAGUUGUUACUGUGCCAUGACUUAAAAUUCCAGAGCAAAGCAUGGACAGAGCUGGCAGAAGAACCCCUUUGCAAAAGGCUGCUUCAUUCACAAAGCUGAGUUCCUCUUCUCAAGAUGAUUUCAUUUCUUAUUAUGUGUUAUCUUGGAGACAUCUAAGGUUUAAUGGGGGCUUUCCCACAUUCCGGACUGCUGCCCUCCAAUGACGCUCUGAGUCAUUGAUCCAAGUACUGGCAACAUGUGGAAGCCCAGGACAGGUCAGCGUCACUAGCCUCCAGUCUAAGCAACAGCCGAGAACCAGUGUGGUCUGAAACUCCAGCAAGUACUAGACAAAGCCUCCUCUGUUCAUGGAAAGCGGAAAUGAAAGGAUUUCCAGCCAAUCACAAGGAACUAUCCACCUCUCCAAAGAGCCCACCUUCCUUAUCCAGCAGGCUACCCUGCCGAGUGACCUCCAUUCAACCCUUCUGCAGGAAACACAGUGUGGCGGUCUAACCAAAAACAUAAAGGCCAACACUCAGAAAAGGCGUCCGGGAACAGUGAUUCUAUCAAAACGCUCAAGUCGAAUUAUGUCAGAAACCCAGCCUAGACCCCCUGUGAUCCCAUCCCGCAGGCCAGGGUUCCGGAUAUGCUAUAUUUGUGGCCGAGAAUUCGGGUCCCAGUCACUUGCCAUUCAUGAGCCCCAGUGCUUGGAGAAGUGGCGCACUGAGAACAGCAAACUACCCAAGCACCUGAGGAGGCCAGAACCCUCCAAACCGCAGCCCAUCGGUGGCACUGACUCCCACAGCCUUCAGGCAGCCAAUGAGGAAGCAUUUCAGAGUGCUCAGGCUCAGCUGCUGCCCUGUGAAAACUGCGGCCGCACGUUCUUGCCAGACCGUCUCCUGGUUCACCAGAGAAGCUGCAAGCCAAAGGGUGAGAACCCUGGACCACCAAGCAUGGGUAGUUCUAAUGUUCCUACUGGUCUCAAGAAAGCUUCUAGCGGCAUCCCAGCCCGACCAAGGACUCUCAUCUGUUACAUUUGUGGUAGGGAAUUUGGCACGCUGUCCCUUCCUAUCCAUGAGCCCAAAUGCUUGGAAAAGUGGAAAAUUGAGAAUGACCAACUCCCUAGAGAGCUGCGUCGGCCACAGCCCCAGAAGCCUCAACCCCUUCCAGCUGGACAGUCCAGCCAAGAGGGGGCGAGUCAAGCCGCACUUGUGCCUUGCCCAAAUUGUGGCCGGACUUUUGCUGUGGACCGCCUACCUGUACACCAGAGAAGUUGUAAAUCUCAACCUAGUGGACCAAAAACUUCAAAUUCGAACAUAGAAAGGAAAGGCGGUCCAAAUCCACCCACUAAUUCCAAGCAACAGAGGAACAUGGAAGCACCCAAUGGGGACAAGGUAACUGGUGUCAUUUAAGAUGAAGUAGGUGGACUGGGGACACACUACAUCUUCAAAAGGAUGAGAGAACUAUUCCUAGAGUCAGCCACCUCAGCCCCAACGAUGGUUUCUACCAAAGCCUUACUUGUGUCUCAAAGCAGCCUGUCCAAGUGGCUCUCCUUUUGGACUCCAGGGGCUGAGUGUGUGUCUAUUUUUGCAAAGUAGACCUAACAGAAUCCUUGUCUGGCUUGUUCAUAAUCCUCUUCAGUCCUACAGCCUAAAAGAAAUGGACUGUUUUCUCUGAUCCCUCGUCCCAGUAAUCCCUGGGAGAGACUGUUACUUAAAAUGAGUCAUUAAUGCUGUGUCUACAUUACAGAGAUAUGAUUCCCAACCCAACAGCCAAUGUUUAUUGCUGGUUUAUUUUAGUCAUCUACCUUAGGAAUUCGGUUUUGGCAAUGUUGGGUUAUGCUGAGUUUAUCUUACUAAAAUAGAAUCUGUGUCAAAAACCCGGAAUGACUUUAGCAGUAAUUAAACACUGGAAUACUUGCUAA